AUGACACCACCCCCCUCGAAGCGCCAAAAGCGCAUCGCGGAAGAUACGGCCGCGACUCAAUUGAACGAGGAAAAGAAUGAUAGCAAAAAUGGAGAGAUUAAGAUGCCCAAGAAAAAAUUCUACCGACAACGUGCGCAUGCGAACCCAUUUUCGGAUCAUCGAUUGGAUUAUCCCCUAAGCCCAGCGCACAUGGAUUGGUCACCUCAUUACCCGGCGUUCGUGGAUCCAGACUCGUCCAAGAUAAACCUGAGCGGUGCGCGCAAACUAUUAAAUGAUGUUGAGGUUGUCGAUAUCGGGUGUGGAUUUGGCGGGUUACUCGUUGGCCUUGCGCCGUUGAUGCCGGAUACUUUGCUGCUUGGAAUGGAAAUCCGUACCCAAGUCCUCGACUAUGUACGAACCCGCGUUCGAGCCCUCCGGUACCAACAGAGCCAACUUAAGAACUCCUCCGCCUUAUCAACCUCUCAACCCCAAGAACUCACUUCCUCCGAACUACAACCCAGCCUUGACCCUUCAGCCACAUCCGACGAUACCCCCACCACCGUCAUACCAGGCAACUACGAAAACAUCUCCGCAAUCCGCAGCAACACGAUGAAAUUCCUUCCCAACUUCUUUGCCAGAAGCCAGUUAUCCAAGAUCUUUAUCUGUUUCCCGGAUCCGCACUUCAAAAUGCGCAAGCACAAAGCCCGUAUAAUCUCUGAGACUCUUAAUGCUGAAUACGCCUAUGUGCUGCGGCCUGGUGGUUUGAUGUACACUAUCACGGAUGUGGAGGAGUAUCAUCACUGGAUUCUUAGGCAUUUUCGACAGGGGAAGUCAGCAGCGCAGGAGGAUGGUAGCGCUGCUGGUGAGACCAAGAUUGGUACUGUUGGUGAUGUUACGGAUCUUUUUGAAAGGGUGUCUGAGGAUGAAUUAGAGCGUGAUCCCUGUGUGCAGGUUAUGAAAGAAGCAACGGAGGAAGGGAAGAAGGUCACGAGGAAUAAAGGUCAUAAGUUUGUGGCUGUCUUUCGCCGCAAGGAUGACCCGGAGUGGCCUGCUUAA